AUGUAUAGCCCAGAAUUCGGCGAUUACAUUGGAGUGGAGAGCGCCGCCGACCUCAAAUCGGAUAUCGGCGUCCAGUCGCUCGGUGGCGGAAGCAACCACCGGAGGAUGAAGCGGGAGGAGGAGGCGGACAGGGAGUACCCGCCGCCGAUCCCGUGGCUGGCGCACACUGAGAAUCAGCCGCCCCACAUGCCGUGGGUGAUGAAGAAAUACUACACGGGCGAUGGGAGAUUGAUAAUCAAAGAAGAGAAAGUGAAGCGCCAAGGUUUCCAUGCCCACCGAUCCAAUGGGCGCCUCGUACUGAAUCUGGUCCCUCUCGACGACGCCUUGGAGGAGGACUGCGAAGAGUUUAACGCCGGAGAAGAAGAGAGAUCUGUUAAUGAUCCAUUUUCCGGUGAGGGAACCGACGUUGGGGAUGAGGGAAUCGUGGAUCUGAGGGUGGAGGAAACGGUUUGUGAUUGUUGUACGUAUAAUGUUGUGGGAGUGAAUACUUGUGGAGGAUUCGCGAUGACGGUGGCGGCGACGGCGGCGCCUCUGCGGCCGCCAGUUCAUACAUAA